UAAGAAAACAAAACAUGCAACAGACUGGUGACUGGUGCGGUGAAUGCUUCUCUCUGAUUGCGAGCUCGCUCCGUCCGGCUCCACACGAUUCGCGCGAAGAGCUCCGUUAGAUCUGGUGUUCGGCGACGUUGCUGGACUGGACUGAAAGAGUUUUGGUUUGUCGGCCGCGUUUCGUCAGUUGCCGGCUAGCUGUUGAUCCGUACGGUUGUUCGCUGUUCGUUCGCAACGUUCGCGGGUUGCUGUUUUAUCUGGGCGGGUGUCUGGUGACUUGGGUGUUCUUGUGUGAAGAAGAACCUGGAGCAGUAGAAUUGUUUAUGUUCCGGGGAGCGCGGGUGUGAGUGAGCAUUGAGCGCACGGUGCAGUUCUUGGAAACUUGGCUGAAAUUCGGGUGUUGCUCCAGUUUCCGGAGGUUUGAAACAAUUAGGCGCGCUAGCACAUCAUUUGUUUCGUUCACGGCGGGAAGAAAGUGAGAAAAGUUGCGGGUGGAUGCGGGCGUGCAUUCAGUGUAGACGCGUGCCGCCGUUCGGGGUUUGCGUCUAAGGGCGCCCAUGUGUGGCAACUCGAGCGAGUGCAGCGGCAGUGGAUUGUUUACAGCGCGAGCCUUGUGCGGAGUCCAGCGUAGACUAAUAAUAGCCGCUGCAGCGUAGUACAUCAGUGUCUGAGCCAGUGAGGAGAGUGCAUUAUGGAUUGUGGUGUACUUCCGUGUGUGGAUUUUACGGUUGAACGAGUUCAAAGUCGGUUUGGUGAAAUCGUUUGAUGGCAAGUUCCACACGAAUGUACGGAUCAAGCUAGCAGCAGUGGAGUUCAGGAUUUUGGAAGAAAGAAGAAUCUUGUGGGGAAUAGUUCGAAGCAAAGGAAAACAAGAACCGAGUGUCGGUGGUUUGGUGCGGUCAAGUGUGUUUUGCUCUGAACAAGGGAAGUGUAUUGUGUGUGCUACAGUUGCGGUUAGCGAGAGUGAAGUGAGAACAAAACAGCAGGCAGCUCAGGGAUAUCCUGUAUCGUUGUUGGCUGUGACCUCCAGAAAACUCCCACGCUGAGUCCCACCCCGUCCACUGCGAAAAAGCCUACCCAGGCCGGUAGCUAAGGGAGCAGCAACCGCUCCAGAUAGUGGUAUCGUUUCAUCCAGCAGCAACAUCAAAGAAAAGUGUAUCGUGUGAGCCAUCCGGGUCUCCGGGGCUUGAAGUGUGUUGUUCCAGCACUUGUUCGUGUGCAGGUUUACUUUUGUGUUUUAUACAAUCUCUCAUUACCCUAGUUCCGUGGUGUCCGCAAAAAAACGAAAAGAAACAAAACGACGCUAGGCCUUUCUCCUCAUCAACCACCGUGCGGACGUUCUAAUUCCCAAGGCCGAGCGAAACCCUUUUCGCUUUUUCGCCGUUCUUCAUCGUACCGUCGUGCCGAACCCAAAGCGAAACAAUAGAGCGAUUGUCACAUCCGCAGUCAGUUUUCGCGUGCCGCGCGGUUUUCACCCUUUUCAUUUUAAGUGAUCUUAAUUCGGCACUGAUGAGAACCUCUCUCAGGGCGAGAGUGCAUUCAUCAAAAUUGGCCCGAAACAAUAGUCGUAGCCGCGCCGCAGUCGAGUGAAACUGAAUUCCUUGGAAUCUCCCCCGCAGCAGCACAUCUCUUCGGUGCAGCAGCAGGGUGUUAACUUAAGUGAAGGACCCCACUUCAUAAGACCAAUUCAACAAUAGCGCGAGCGAGAAAAUCUCCCAACGAAGAAGAUCGCUUCAACCGUCGGAAUUCCACACCGCAUUCAGGACGACCACUCCGCGCACCGCGCACAUAAUUCCGAUUACGCGCUCUGAAGGCCGGGAGUUCACUAAUCACAACCGCAAACAAUAGCUCCCUUCCAGUCCUUACCCCCGGUUACCUUCGCCUGAGCUGGUGUCAGAACAAGUACCCUACACCGCCGCCGCCGCCGUACACAACAGCCCUCGAUCAGUGGGAUAAUUUAUCAACCCGCAAUCCACGCGCGAUCCCCAAUCAAUCAAUCAAUCAAUCAAUCAUCCACCGGGCCGGGACCCCGUCUUGAUCGUGGUCAUCUCUCGAGGAACGGAUCGAUUGAUCCCGCGCGCGAACUCUGUGUGCGGCGAUCCUUCGCGUCUAGCGAGCGCGUCAAGCGGAGCGCAAGUGAAGAGGUGAUAAAUCAACAAUCAAAGAGAAACGAUAACAACGUCGGGCCCUAACUAGAAUCACGUACGCAGCGGCCUCAGCGACGGCAGUCACGAUCAACCUAGCGCAGCUUCCAUUCUGCACGAUGAUGAUGGAUGGGACCGCACCACUAUGCUGUGAAUAUUUCUGCACCAUCGUUGUUGGGCCCUUCUCGGUGAUGGCAAGUGGAAGCCCGUGAACGCGCAUAAUUUGAUUUUACCUUGUGUUACGCGUGUGUGUUUCUGUGCGAUCGUAGUGUUGUGUUUUGUGUUUUGCAAGUGAAGAAUUGUUUGUUCGAAACAUCGAGAUAUCACUCUUACCCCGUAGUGAGAGGUUUGUGUUGUAUUUUCGCACGCCGUCGUCAGUUGCAGAGGAAUCCAGUGGAAACGGCUUCACAAUGUACUGCCUUUGCCGAUCAUCGAAGACCAUCGCGGUGCGGAUCGUACUGCUGGAUGAGACCGACUUCCUGCAUGAAUUACAGGACGAUCUGCCCGGUCAAGCCUUGUUAGAUGUAGUAUUCGCAAGACUGAACCUGAUUGAGACUGCCUAUUUCGGAAUACGUUACAUAGAUCAGGAUAAUCAGACGCACUGGCUCGAUCCAGCAUCCCGACUGUCCCGACAGCUGAAGGGUGGCACCCGGCAACCCUUCGACCUCUAUUUUGGGGUGAAAUUUUACGCCUGCGAUCCGUGCAAGCUGGUGGAGGAAAUUACGAGGUACCAACUCUAUCUGCAGGUCAAGCAGGACAUACUCCAGGGCCGAUUGCCGGUAUCUUUUGAACUGGCUGCCGAAUUGGGUGCUUACGUUGUGCAAGCUGAAUUGGGUGACUAUGACCCUCGCAAACACCCACCCGGUUACGUUUCCGAGUUUCGGCUGCUCAACAACCAGACCAAGGAAAUCGAAAGCCGCAUCCAUGAGUUGCACGUGCAGCUCAAGGGGAUGUCUCCAUCGCAGGCCGAGUUCAACUAUCUGGAUAAAGUGAAGUGGCACGACAUGUAUGGAGUGGAUUUACAUCCGGUGCUGGGUGAAGAUAGUGUGGAAUACUUCCUUGGUCUAACUCCUGGAGGCAUCGUAGUACUGCGGAACAAGACUACAGUGGCACAUUAUUAUUGGCCGCGGAUAGCCAAAGUCUACUUCAAGGGUCGUUAUUUUAUGUUACGGGUCUGUGAUAAGAAUAACGAAAUAAGUACGUACGGUUUCGAGACACCAAAAAAGAGCGCCUGCAAACAUCUGUGGAAGUGCUGCGUUGAGCACCACUCAUUUUUCCGACUGGUUCGGACGGCACCCAUGCAGGCGAACUCCGGCGCAGCGAGUUUAACCUCGUUAAGCUCCAAAUUCAGGUACAGUGGUCGAACUGAACGACAGCAGAUGAAAGAGGUCUUAGCACACCAGCGAGCUCCGCCGGCUUUUACAAGAACUCCAUCACGAAGACAGCCUCGAAGGAUUGUGGAUGAUCAUCCCGAAGAAAAGAUGUUCGACGCACCGAAAUACAUCCAGCAGGAAAUCAAGACCGUAUCGAUACCUCAACCGGCUCAAACGUUUGACAGUCCUUAUCGUUCUACUUGCAGCAUACCGGCUGCAUUGAACACUAAUAGUAGUAGCAAAGGGCAUCCGCAGCCUCCGGAUUCGCCUCGUAGUACCCGAAGUGCCCCGUGGAUGCGUUCCCAACAGCGAGGCCUUUUCGGUAUCAAUUCCAGUCCCAAAUCGGUGCGAUCCGCCUCCACACGAAUGAGUGCACCGGUCAACACCAACCGGAUGCGAUCGAGUUCGGUGGAAAGUCAUUCCUCCAACGAGUCACGUUCCGGACGCAGACGGCGUCAUCGUAGCCGCCGAGUUUCCGACAACGAAAGCGAGAUGUCCCGCGGUUCUGGACGCUCCGGAAGGUCGCAUAACUCGCAUCGCAAACAUAGGCGUCACCGUUCUAAGAAUCGUCGCAACCGUUCGGAUACGGAAAGUCGCGACCGUAGCUAUUCCAGUCAUCGGAGAUCUACGGAGUCGAUCGAGUUGGUUGAUUCGGGUGAGCAGUGGCUCGAAGUUCAACGCAAACAAGCGGACAACGUCCACAAGGCAGCCGUCAUCAAGAGUAGCCAGGUCAUCAAGGGAUCUACGCCGGACUCGGGCAUUGCCCAUCAUCACCGGAGUCGACGGCACCGAAAGCACCGUUCUCCGUCGGAGAAGAUUUGGUCGAGCGAAUUGACCAAGCACUUGCAGUUCGAUCUGGUUGACACGACUGGCAUGACCGAGGAUCAACUCAGGGAAAUCCCAUACACCGUUGUCGAAACGAACCACCACGCGUCCAAAAAGCCAAGUGCCCUCAAGGUGCACAAAACUAGUCAUCACGAUAACCAGCGGAUCGAUCGGAUACGGGAGUAUCCGAAGGAGAACGUGAAUGAUCACAUGAGCGCAGUCAACGGGUCCAUUCGGUCGGCGAGCACGAUCAGCUCGUCACGCGACUACGAUCGCAAUUCAGGGCUUAUCAGGAUGAUGUCUAGCAUGAGUAUGGGAGAUUUCAUCUCUCCGACGGGAUCUAGCCUGAGUCCCCUGGACAGUUCCGGACUUCGCGUUAGUCACGAGCACACUGAUUCUGGCCUCGGAGCCGAUCAGGACUACGCGUAUUCUUCCGAAAGGUCUAGCGACAGCGCAAAAUACGGCACCAACAAAUCCUCCGGAGCUUCGGUCACUUCAGCACAUACCAAAUCGUCCUCGUCGAACAACAUGAAGAGUCAUCACCAUCCCGUGAGUAGUAGUGGUAGUUGUUGUACUACGACCGUAACACCCGCCACGAGGAAACCGCCUCUCUGUCCUAAUCGACAGCAGAAGGUCCCCAUUCCCGGUGUACAUAGCGCUUCGUCAUCAUCCAACAGUCGUUUGAUCAAUAACAGUAACACACACUUUCAAAACAAUCAUUACACCUUUAGCCUAACACGAAACUUCUCGUCGACCUCCGGCGGUGGUAGUUCCGGGAAUCACGGUAGUAACCACCCAGGAGGUCGAAAUGCUUUCGGGUCUAGCACUAGCACUGGUUAUGGGUUGAAUUCGUACGGUUACAUUGACUCGUCCGCGACCCUAUCGUCGACUUCUCCGUACCACUACUACUAUGACGGAACUGGAUUCCGCAGUACCGUUGGUCAACCAUCGGGCUUCGGUGGGAACCAUAUCGUUCCCAGCGGUGCAAUUGGUUUGGACAGCUCUCGGCUGGGUUCCGUUAGGGGAACCAAGUCCGACAUUGGAGUUCCGAUCCGACCCAAGCAUUACCACCGUCAACAGCAACAGCAGCAGUACAUUACAAAUAUCCACAACUUCAAUCGCCACGGUAAUGGCAGCAGUAAACGAAUCAUGACUCCGUCCACCAAAACGGACUAUUUGGAAAAUUAUAAGACUGGUGUCGAAAGACUUCGACAAAGUAGCAACUUCAUCAACAAUAACAACAGCAACAGUAACCACCUGAGCAGUCCAACGGAAGCGUUCAAAGGACUGCUGAACUCUUCCACGAGUGCGCAGAACAUUGCCAACAAUAACUACCAGCCACCGCUUCCGAUUACCAACAGUCCCAGCAAUGGGAACUUCAAAACGUCAUCGAGCGCUGGUAAGGGUCCCCUGGUCUACAUGGACAAGAACCAGAACAGUAGAAAUAGUCCUCUUGGCAGUAGCAGCAGUCCUCUCAAUCAGGCGAAUUCCUCCGGCGGUGGAGGUGGAGGUGGCCCAGCUACUUGCGGAUCUCCGGCCAGUGUGGGCAGUGAUAGUGCAAGCGGUGAUUCCAAGUACCACCACUUUGCCAAAAAUCCACUGCAAAAAGUGGCGAACGGUGGCGUCAGUGGUGAAGGUGGUGGAGGAGAACCCUCGUCCUUCAUCGCAAACGGUAACGGUUUUGAUAUUGGAAGGAAAAAUUCUCUGAAUAGUAAAAUGGACGGAAAAGGGACGUCGACGACAUCAACGACGACGACGGGAAUCCGAUCGUCCAGCUUAGAACUGAUACUAACACCCAUCAUUCAGAGUAGACGGGCACAGUAAUUGUUGGCGAAAUGAGCACCGAGCUGUAGAGCGCGCCAAUUCGACAGACAGCGUGGCUCCAGUAUAGUGUUGCCGUCGUAGCGUCCUCAGCUCGUUGUCGAAAGGAGAUGCAAUCCAUGGCGCCCCCCACAAAUGACAGUCAGUAAACAACGAAGCAGUUUUUUAUACUUAACACGCACACGUGUCACAUACCUAGUUUACUUUCAUGAUAUCUUUACAAAGCGUUAGAAUAUCUGUCGUCGUCGUCGUAGAGCGAUACAGAUUCAAAGUGUUGUGUUUUACUUUUAAGUCGUUCGAACAGAUAGCCAAAACCGACGUGUAUAUUUGCUAGGGUUAUCAACCGAAGAAGAAGAAAAAAAUCAAAGUAACAGAAACCAUUUAGUAGAUGUUUGAUGUUGAACGUUUCUCGAUGAAAUGCUUCUUUAGGUGUGUUUUUAGAAAUGUAUACUUUUAAGAGAAUUUUAAAUGUGUAUUUCCAAUCGGAUGGACCUCUUUUCCGCAGCACAUGUCUAUACUCCUCCCUACCCCCUCACUUGGUAUAAUUUAAUCGUUCAUACAACACUGCAAUUGCGUACCAAAAAGUAAAGUUUUAGCAAAAAUUACAACAUUUUUUAUAUAAUAUGGGAUAAGCUAGCAUACACACAUAUGUAUUAAUCGUCAGCGUUACUGCCUGUAAAGUGUAUCGAAAUGACUGCAUAUAUGCACCUCCUCUCCGUUCUGAGACAUGUUUUUAAGUGGAUCCGGAAUCUCUCAACACCUCACACAGGUGUCCAAGCAGCAACUUUUCGGUGUUGAAAUAGUCGGAAAAAAAUUAAAAGCAUCUCUAUUCGCGAUCUACUGUUCCAAAGGUUAAAACAAAACAAUGAUAUUUUUCUGAAAACAAAAAUCUUAAACUAUACAUUAAGCUGGUUGGUGAAUUAAAAGAAGGAAAAAAGCGUUGUCGAAUCACUGAAACAAAAAUGGCCACACGAAGUCAAAUUCUACUUCCAACCUCUGAUGAACUGAAGGAACCGAGUGAAAAUUUACGAAAAUAAAACAUAACGUUUAUUUACGAAACAAAAAA